AUGAUCAGAUACGGUGAUGGAGUAGGAAUGUAUAGAACUCAUCUAUUCGGAUCACCAACCAUUAUAACAUGCUUUCCAGAUGUGAAUAAGUAUGUGUUCCAAUCGGAGGAGACAUUCUUUCUCGAUUGGCCCAGAGUUGAACUCAUGGGUCAAAACUCUAUCGUUGCGGUUCAUGGACCGGCCCAUGUAAGACUUAGAAGAUAUGUUAUUGGUGUGAUUAAUCGGCCCGACUCUCUCCGACACAUUGCUCAAGUAGUCCAACCCCGGAUGAUUGCAGCACUCAAGUCAUGGGCCCAAAAGGGUAGAAUCAAAGCAUACGAUGAAGCUAAGAAGGUGACAUUUGAAAAUAUUGGGAAACUAUUUGCAAGUUUGGAGCCCGGACCUCUCCUAGAUACAAUUGAUGACCUGUUUACAGGAUUGAUCAAAGGAAUUAGGGCUCAACCGUUCAAUAUUCCGGGAUCUGCUUGUCACCAUGCUCGUCAGUGUAGGAAGAAGCUUGACGCCAUUUUCUGGAUGGAGCUAGAGAAGAAAAAGAAGAACCAAAAAGAAGUUAGCACAAAUGAUCUUAUGGAUGGGCUUAUGCAGAUUAAAGAUGAUGAGGGAAAUAAACUAGGUGACCAAGAAGUGAUAGAUAACAUUGUCAGUCUUGUUGUUGCUGGAUAUGCAUCUACUUCCCUUGCAUCAAUGUGGGCGAUAUAUUAUCUUGCCAAAUUCCCAAAUGUCCUCCAAAAGCUUCGGGAGGAGAAUAUGGCUAUACGUAAGACCAAGGAAGGAGAUUUCAUUACAAGUGAAGAUGUCUCCAAAAUGAAAUACACAAACAAGGUGGUGGAAGAAACAAUAAGAAUGGCUAACAUUGCAGCAUUCAUUUUCCGGACUGCUACCAAGGAUGCUGAGUACAAAGGUUAUAUUAUACCGAAGGGUUGGCAAGUGAUUGUUUGGGUUCGGUAUCUCCAUACAAAUUCGGAAUAUUUUGAUGAUCCUAUGUGUUUCAACCCAAAUCGAUGGAAUGAUCCAGCUAGACCAGGAACUUAUCAAGUUUUUGGCGGUGGAUCAAGAAUAUGUGCAGGCAAUAUGCUUGUUAGGAUUCAACUCGCAGUGUUUUUGCACCAUCUAUCUACAGCAUACGAGUGGAAAUUGCUCAAUCCAAACGCAGAAAUGGUUUAUCUUCCGCAUCCAACACCAAUCGAUAGGGUUGAUGUCUCGUUUAAAAGAAUCAAGAAAUGA